GACACAUAGACCCUGGGGUCACCUGAGCUCACAAAAUUGUGGCCAGACCCUGUGAAGCCCAGAGCUCUCUCAGCCAGGAGGGUGGGCCCAAGGGGUAGAAAGGAGAGUUCGCUGAGCAGUGAGAACUGAGCUAGCUCUAAUGCUAAUUGGAACAGCUAACAUUUACAGAUAACAAUGAUACAAUUAUUUUACAAUGAUAAUUUUCAUAAUAAACAGCUGUGUUAAUUGAGCACCUACUACGUGCCAGGCACAGUGCCAGCUGUUUAACAUAGGUUUUUCCCCUUACUCCUCGUAACAGCCCCAAGAGAUGGAUCCUAUGGCAUCCCCGUUCUAGAGAUGGGGGAGCCGAGGUUCAGAAGGAUUUCAGGGAGAAACGGUUUAGGCUACUGUCACUUCUUGGCCAUGACUCCUAUUUUACAGAGAAGGAACCUGAGUCUGAGAGAGAAUGGAAGUCACAGGGGCAGGCCCUUGGGGCAGAGACCUUCUAUACAGGAAGGGGAAGGCUGCAUCUGAAAGAUCAGGACAACCAGUCAUCAAGUCCUCAUGGACCUGUGACUUGGCCUGCAUGAGAGCACGCAGAUUCAGAAACAUGUUCACAGCAGGCCAGAACUCUGCAGAAAAUAUGCCAAGAAAAACAGUGUAGGGUGGUGGAUAAAGCCCUGCAUGGGACUCGGUAUGAAUCCCGGCUCUGUCACCUCUAAUUUGUCGUAUAAUCCUAGACAAGUCCCUUCUUCGUUCUGGCCUCAGUUUCCCUGCCUGUGAACUAAGGGUGGGACUCUGGUCACCGAGGGCCGCUUAGCUCACCUGAGGCUGGCUGAGGCCAGAGAGCCUGAGGCUGUUUCCCUGGGAGAUGGGGCCUGUGUCCCGCUCCUGGCCAGCACGCUCUGAGAACAUUUGCUCUCCUGACCAACGGACAGCCUGUCCCUCCUCCGCCCUUGCCCCCUUGCCAUCCCCCAAACUGACGAAGCUGAUUGUCUUAGCCGGCCCUGUGGGUGCUGGCUGGGCGGCCGGCCGCAGGCCACAGGCGGAGGUGCCACCCGCCAGAGCCCCACCAGACACACAGGGCAUUGUCCCUCAGUCAACAGCCCCUGGGCACCUCGGCCCGGCUCCUGGCCUGCCCCCACGGCCCUCACCGUCUGCCACUGCGCCAGGUCCAGCCAGCUGGGGCCCAAGGCGCCCGGGCAAUGAUGAGCCCACCCACCCACUCCCCCAGCAGCCCCCUGACGAGCUAUAAUUGCUUCACUCCAUCCUGUUGCUGCCAUUCUCUUGGCGGAGGCAUCUGGGGUUCCAGGCGGGCGGCAGCUGCAGGCUGGUCGCCUGGCUCACAGGAUGGACUGGCUGCACAACCUGCUGUUCCUUCUCACCAUCUCUAUCUUCCUGGGUCUGGGCCAGCCCAGGAACCCCAAAGGCAAGAGGAAGGGGCCAGGGCGGCCUGGGACCCUGGCCCCUGGGCCUCACCAGGUGCCACUGGACCUGGUGUCCCAGGCAAAGCCAUAUGCCCGCAUGGAGGAAUAUGAGAGGAACCUUGGGGAGAUGGUGGCUCAGCUUAGGAACAGCUCCGAGCCGGCCAGGAAGAAGUGUGAAGUCAACCUGCAGCUGUGGCUGUCCAACAAGAGGAGCCUGUCACCCUGGGGCUACAGUAUUAACCAUGACCCCAGCCGCAUCCCUGCGGACCUGCCGGAGGCACGGUGUCUCUGUCUGGGCUGCGUGAACCCUUUCACCAUGCAGGAGGACCGCAGCAUGGUGAGCGUGCCCGUGUUCAGCCAGGUGCCAGUGCGCCGCCGCCUCUGCCCGUUGCCGCCGCGCACCGGGCCCUGCCGCCAGCGCGCUGUCAUGGAGACCAUCGCUGUGGGCUGUACCUGCAUCUUCUGAGACAGCCCUUCCUGCACCCCCAUGCCAAGCAAGGCAAUGGAAAGUAAAGGCUGUCUUUUGUAAAGCAAGACUUUGGGUUUGCUCCUUGUGGCUCUGAAGCCAAAACAUGGGUGGGAGGUAGAUU